AGUCCCUCCCAUAACGCUCACUUGGUGCAUCUCAAGCGAGGUGGGAUCCCAGCCCAUGGGCGUGCCUUAUCAGUAACUUUACUAAAAGGUGCGGCAAGCUGCCAAAGUAAUCUUUUGUAAAGCCUACUGACUGAGUCCUCGUUGCUUUUCCAAGUUUCUGACCUAACCUCAAACCGAAGGAAAAUGUCUGUGUGGGAUGAUCUGGAUCUGAUGUUGGACUCUCCAACGCCCUCGCUGUCUGUAGCUUCCAGUGCGAGGGGUACUGUUAAGGCCAGCGCAAAUUUCAAAAUGGCAGAUGACGUAUCAGUGUUGAGGAAAGCCAUGGAGGGCUUGGGCACCACUGAGAAGAAACUGGUCGACGUUCUGACCCAGAGGAGCAACGCCCAGCGGCUGCUCAUCAGUGAUGCGUAUCAGAAGGCCACGGGCAGGGCCCUGAUAGACGACCUGAAGAGUGACACGGGUGGAGACUUUGAGGAUGUUCUGGUUGCCCUGGUAACCCCUCCUGAUGUCUACGACUGUCGGGAGAUCAUCAGCGCCAUUAAGGGGGCUGGGACCACAGAAAGUGUCCUGACGGAAAUGUUUGCCUCCAGAACUAACAAACAGAUAGUUGCCUUUAGCGCUGCGUAUCUGGCCGAAACGGGAAAGGCUUUGUCGCACGAUCUCCAGUCAGAGGUCUCGGGGGAAUACGGAAAAGCCCUGAUAUUGCUGUCUGAGGGGAAGAGAGACGAGAGCACCAAAGUCGAUGCGGCCAAAGCCAAGGCGGAUGCUAAGAUCCUCUAUGAAGCCGGGGAGAAGAAAUGGGGCACAGAUGAGAGCAAGUUUGUGGACAUCCUGUGCCACAGCAGCGUCCCCCAGCUCCGGCAGACCAUGGUGGAGUACAAGAGCAUCAGCAAGAAGAGUCUGCAGGAGAGCAUCGAGGGGGAGAUGUCCGGGAAUCUGGAGGAUCUCCUGGUCGCCAUAGUGAAGUGUGCGAAGAGCACCCCCACCUAUCUAGCAGAGAGGCUGUUCAAGGGGAUGAAGGGCCCGGGAACGACUGAGUCCAUCCUGACCAGAAUUAUAGUGAGCCGCUCAGAGCUGGACUUGCUCGAUAUCAGAGCGGACUACAAAAAGCUGUUCGGCACCUCCCUCUACUCUGCUUUAACGUCUGAGGUUUCCGGGGACUAUGGUGAAUGUCUGAAGCGUCUCUGUGGUGGAGAGGACUGAAGACACGUUUGAUGAGGAACAUAUGACCCGUUGUAACCCCUGCAAUGAGGAAUAUGAGAUGGCAGCCAUUGCUGCACUAAUGUUUGUGCUUGUGUCUAUGAUUAAGUGUUGAACGAACGCAUAAGUCAGAAUGCUGUUGACAAAUAUGUCGAUGUUUGAGAAAUACAAUCACUAAGCUCUGAUAAAUAAUUGUCAUCUUUCUAAUCAA